GGGAGUCCCACUUGUAAUAUGAUAGCAAGAAUAUACUGUAAUAUAAUAUAAAAGUAGCCAAAGGGGCUAUGUUCCUAGUUUUGUAACACGGAAUGGGAGGAGAUGUAAAGAGGAGGUUACAAAAACUAGGGUAAGAACUCAUUUCCCCAUCUUACUGAUGCACAGUCAGACCAAAGCUCUGUGUAAGUAUUUGUAUGUGUGAGUCAUAUUUGUGAUACACUCAGAAUGACUUGUGCGUGUUUUGUGUAUAGGUCCCUGCUUCUAAAAGAAAAAAUAAUCAGUGUGUCCUUAUACAGGAUACAAAGAAUGGAGUCAAAACCCUCAAGAAUUCCUCGAAGGAUAUCUGUUCAGGCCUCCAGCUCUUCGCUAGGAUCUAGAACAUUGACUGGAAACAGUUUAGCUGGUGCAUAUAGUGCAAGAGAAUCUUCACGGAGAUUAGAAUCUGGAUACCAGGAAUCCAGUGUAUUGAAUAGUUCCAGUAGAGACUGGGGAAUUGGAGAAAGAGACACCCAUGAAACUCCUUGGAAGCUUACAACGUCCUCUCCAACUCGCUACUCAGGGACACUUGAUCAUCCGCAUUCUGGAAGAUUUUUGGGAAGCAGAAGCAGAUUGUCUACAUCUUCUUCCUCUCAUUUUACAUCUGGGUGUUAUGGUGAGUCUGAGAGAACUCAGGGAGCAUAUUCAAGACUGCAUAGCCAGCAGCGAGAUAGUGAUUCAAAGAGACCUAAGCUAUCUUGUACAUCUACCUCUUCUGUGAGAAGUAAUGGCUUGACUGCCUUUUCAGAUUCCUCUUGGAGGUACAGUAGGAUUCCUAGAUCUUCAUCAGUGAUGCUUGGCUCCCUUGGAACUGAGCUGGUGAGAGAGCGAAGAGAGUUAGAAAGAAGAACAGAUCUGUCUGUUAAUAACCUGGUGGAUCACAGCUACAGAAACAGUGACUUUUCAUCUUCAACAUAUCUUCAAGACAGGCCUGCCUCUUCAUAUGCAGAGGGAGCAAGACCAAAAGAGAACUCGUUAAGCACUUUGAGGCUGAAUGCAUCCAUGAACCGCCAGUUGCCUUCUGAUCAUCAGCCAUCUUUUUUCAACAGAGACUCUAACAUGAGCUCUUCAAGAUCCAGCUAUUCUUCAAGACAAAGGAGAAAUGAAUUGGAAUCUCCCCAGAGGAGCAUGCAGCCAGCAUUUUCUCUUACUGCCAUUAGAGGUGAAACUCCUUCCUCAAGUGGUCCUGAAAGGGUUUUAUCUUCUCAGAGGUCAUUGAACGAGCCUGCGGCUGACAGCGAAGGGAGGCGCACAACCAGACAGCUGCUGUCUCGUUUAGCAUCUAGUAUGUCAUCUACAUUUUUCUCUCGAAGGUCUAGCCAAGACUCAUUGCAUACAAGAUCAUUAGGCUCUGAAGAGUCAACGGUGGUCCCAAGAGUUCAAGCUUCUACUCUGUCAAUUAGUAAUGGAGCUGCAACUCCAGAAGUUCCAGGACUUCAGACAUCUGAAGCUUCUCAGGGAUUUAGUUUUCUUAGACGAAGAUGGGGUUUAUCAGGAGUUUCACAAAAUCAUAACUCUGAUUCAGAUGGGGAAAGUUACAGGCCAGACUCUGAAAGUAGGAGCACAGGAUCCUGGUUAUCAUCAUCUUUGAGGAACAGAUGUACACCUCUCUUUUCCAGAAGAAGAAGAGAAGGAAGAGAUGAAUCCGCAAGGAUCUCUACCUCUGAUACAACUGCUAGAUCACAACAUGUCUUCAGAAGAAGAGAGUCAGGUGAGGAGACCUCUCUUGAAGCAUCAGAUAGCCCUCCUCGGGCUUCUGUUAGCAGACCACCAACACCUGCAGUAUCUGGUAUUCCUACAGCUACUGCCUCCCCACCAGAUUCAGCCCACAGUAGGAGAAGUUCUGGAAUUCUGCCUGGUUCUCUCUUUCGCUUUGCAGUGCCUCCAACAUUAGGAAGCAGUCUGUCUGACAAUCUUAUGAUAACUGUAGAUAUUAUUCCCUCUGGCUGGAAUCAGUCUGAUGGACAAGAAAGUGGCAAGUCUAAAAUACCACCUUCAAGAGAUCCAGAAAGACUCCAGAAAAUUAAAGAGAGCCUGCUUCUAGAAGAUUCUGAAGAUGAAGAGGGUGACUUAUGCAGAAUCUGUCAGAUGUCCUCUGCAAGUUCUGACAACCUUUUAAUAGAGCCAUGCAAAUGCACUGGAAGUCUGCAGUAUGUUCACCAGGAGUGCAUGAAAAAAUGGCUGCAGUCCAAGAUUAAUUCAGGUUCUUCUUUGGAAGCAGUAACAACUUGUGAACUGUGCAAGGAGAAGUUGCAUCUGAAUCUGGAAGACUUUGACAUUCAUGAACUCUAUAGGGCACAUGCAAAUGAACAAGCAGACUAUGAAUUUAUCAGCUCUGGUCUCUACCUUGUAGUGUUGUUACACUUAUGCGAGCAGCGCUUUUCUGAUAUGCUAGGAACUGCAAGUGAGGCCAGCACACGUGUCAGAUUUAUUAACCUUGCAAGAACUCUUCAGGCACAUAUGGAAGAUAUUGAAACUUCUGAGGAUGAUUCUGAAGACUGAUGCUGGUAGAAACUUCAUACUGCAAGAGACAAAUGGAAUUGCUGCAGAAAUGCUGAACUGGCAAGAACAACAUCAAUGUGCACUUGGUUUUUUUCCUUUCCUUAGUAAAAAGCGCAUUGAAUAUUACUGUAGUUUUUGAAGCAUUGUUGAAUUCGCAAUCAACUGCUGCACAGUGGAACUCGUGGUGGACUUGAAAACUGCUCAGCAUGUGCGAGGAUUAGAUACAUAUACAGCAACUUCCUUUUUUAAAUGAUGAGGAUGAUGUGCUUUGUUUUGGAAGACAUCAGAUUUUGAAUAUUUAAGGAAGCUCUAUCUCCCUUUAUGUUUCCUUCUUACUGUAGUCAGAUUUCUGGUUUUGUCUAUCAAGUUUUGCUCCUCUACUGGCACUAAGUGGUUAUAGUGGGUUUCAGGGUGAGGGUGGGCGGGGAGGGUGGGGAUGUCCAUGUACUUAAAUAGGUUUUGUUUGGGUUUUUUUAAAUGCCUCUGUUGCCACAUCAUAUAAUAACUGAUUGCUUCCAGUGUUAAUGAAUGAACAGGAGGAUGAGCAAGAUACUGUAGAGGUUGUUUGGGUUUUGAUUUAUUUGAAGAUUAUUAUUUAACUCAAAAAGCAAUAAGAACUUGCAGUGGUCUUCUAAUACUUAGUGAUGGGUUUUUUUAUGUACCGGUUUGGAAAUUGGAGAUUAUAUUUGAUAUUAUGUGGCUGUUCCAUUAUAGAAUAUUGCAGGUGUAAAGUCUUGCGUUUCAGCAUUCCUAGCAGAUAUGCAACUUGGUAAAGACCUAAGGUUGUUAAGUUUAAUCAGACUUUUUUAGAUCCCACCUUCACUGUUCAAAGCACUGGUUAUCAAUGUGUUUUCUAGUGUUGUCACUUCUUUAUAAAUAAAGAUGAUAGAGGUAUGCAUCUCUGCUGGUAUUGUCCAUUUUAUUUAAACAUGGAUAUCUACCAGAACUUACACUUGAAAACUUAGAAAGCUAUAGUCUGUGGUAUAUCUUUACUAAUGUUUGUAAAUUCUUAUGCAGUUAUUUAAGAUUGUUUCUGACCAUUUUGGAUUGAAAUGCUUUAUAUGAAUGGUGGUACAAUAAAUUGUCAUACAUG